GAGGCUGGGACACGGAUAUGACGUGAAUUUGGCUCUCUACAAGACAUGAUCAUUGUGUAGAUUGAAAUUGUCCAACAUUUUGCCAGCGAACACAAUCGCCAAAUGCUCACUGUCGUCAUGCUGUUGACUCCACACCAUGUGUGAAUCGCCAUCUGCUGGCACAAAACGACCACUACCAGACAGUGUCACGGACCACAAGCACAGUAAACGGCAACGAGGAGAAGCAUCUUCAGAUUCCCAGGACCCGCCUGACCCACCUGAUGAUGAGGUGUUCGUGGACUCGUCCUGGCUGUACAUGGACUGCAGUUAUUGCAAUAAGCACAUGACUGAGAUGCUAGAAUCGCGAUUUCACGGGGAGAAGAUUGUCCUGCAGAUGCAUGCCAAGUACAGCGUGUUCAGCAAGAGCAGCAGAGGCUAUGAUGCAAGUAGGGAGGAGGUGAAGAUCUUCAAGGAUGAGUUCCUGAGGAAAGUCUGCAGUUUGCGGAACAUGAGAGGUGGUGUCUUAAUCAUCCAUGUUACAGAAAAAUCAGUGGAAAAAGGUCCAUCGCUUGAUGACUUUGAUCAAAAGGUUGGUGAAGAGCUGAGCAGAAUGGUAGAAGAUGACACAAUGUAUGUUGAAAACUAUGAUCGUCGCUGGUAUAUGGAGCAACAGACCUGUGUAGAUAAACAUGGGCAGUCGCAUAAUAAGACAGUUUACCUGGACUAUAUCAUCGUGAGUGUGAAAGGAUCAUCAUCAGUAUCAACAAAAGACUUCAAUACUCUUGUCACAUGGGAUGGAAGCAAAGAAAGACCCAAGGCCAGGGAGAUCUCCAGACUGUUGUGGAAGAGUAACCUUCAGCCUUGUUUCCCGGAUGAGCCAAUGGAUGACUGUGAGUUUGUUGAAGGUGAAAGGGUGGAUCUAUAUGAGAGUCGAGACAUUCAACUCAAGAGACUAUUUGAAAAGGACCUUGUAAAGGAUCUUCAUGAUCAUCCAAGCUUGGCGGACAAGUCCCUGGCCUACAGGAUUGCCUUCAGGUUGACGGAGAAGCUACAUCUCUUGGAGUACUUGACCUCCUUUACCAAACUCAAGAACGGAGGCUCCUUCUUUUGUGGCAUCGAAGAGGAGAAAAUAGUGAUGGUGAUGGAAAAGAGUAAGAGUUCGAAGAAGAAUAAGAAGAAGAAAAAGAAAGGACAUGGUUUGAAGGCAGGGACAGAAGAGGACAAAGAUGAAGUUGAUUCCAGCUCUCACCUGACUGCAGCCAAUGUUCCUGUCGGUGCAGUGAACACAUGUGACUGUGGAAGUUCUCGUGUGGCAACUCCACAUGUUUCAGACGCUGGGUUUGAAGUGAUCACACACAUCUCUUCUUUGCAGAGAUUACAUUUUGUUUCUGGAAAUGAGAAAGGAGAGAUAGAAUUAGACAAGCACUGUACAAGAUGUGAUGGCGUAAAAACAUCAGACACCAGGCACUCUACAGAUUCAAAUUUGGUACCAAAUGCAACUAAGCAGAAUCAAGAUAUUUCUAUAUCAGCUCAGGAAUCAAAUGCUCAAAGAAAACCAACUUCCACAUGUACACAAUCUGGAGUUUCUGCCAACUGUGACUCUUCUCAAGGAAAUGGGAAUCAUGAAGAGGGUGUUGAAAAUGCCAAAAGUGAUGUGCCCUCAGUACUUGGAACAAUGGGAUCACCUCCUGCAGCUGCUUCUGCAGAUGGGGUGGUAAGCCAGGGCUACAAAACAGGCUAUAAUAUAGCAAAAGGCAUCACUCUGAUGCCAGAGGAGAGGUUAGAACUGCAUGCUGAGAUCAUGAAGUGUGUCCAGGAAGACAUGUUAUGGCUGCGGAGUGAUGGCAGUGUGUUAACGAGGGAGGAGAUAGCAGGUGAGGUGCACAUCCGAUUCCACUGUACAUCAGUGGUAUGUCAGACUUAUGUUGUGGAAGUCCGGUGCAGAAACAUUUUCUCAGGGAUUGUCUUUUACAAAAGCUGUGGCCCUGAUGCAUUCAGGCUGGCAGGGGUCUCGGAGAAGAGACCUCGGGUUAUUCGAAUGGAUCCAAAGGAGUGGAUCCUUCUGCUCAAGAAAGCCAUGGAGUGCGAUAACUGUGAGAGUCCUAUAUGGAAACUGAGAGCAGAUGAAGGGUGAUUGUCGGCGUGACUGUACUGCAUGGAGGCUUGGAGCAGAUGAAGGGUGAUUGUUGGUGUGACUGUACUGCAUGGGGGCUUGGAGCAGAUGAAGGGUGAUUGUUGGUGUGACUGUACUGCAUGGAGGCUUGGAGCAGAUGAAGGGUGAUUGUUGGUGUGACUGUACUGCAUGGAGGCUUAGAGCAGAUGAAGGGUGAUUGUCGGCGUGACUGUACUGCAUGGAGGCUUAGAGCAGAUGAAGGGUGACUGUCGGCGUGACUGUACUGCAUGGAGGCUUGGAGCAGAUGAAGGGUGAUUGUUGGUGUGACUGUACUGCAUGGAGGCUUGGAGCAGAUGAAGGGUGAUUGUUGGUGUGACUGUACUGCAUGGAGGCUUGGAGCAGAUGAAGGGUGAUUGUUGGUGUGACUGUACUGCAUGGAGGCUUGGAGCAGAUGAAGGGUGACUGUCGGCGUGACUGUACUGCAUGGAGCAUUGUUAUCAGGGAUGGCAGUUUUCCUCCAAUUCGCAGAUUUCUGCCGAUUUUAUUUCAAAUUGAUCCCCAUUCGAUGACACAAUAUUACGUUUUUAGCUGAAAAUAGAUUUCCCUGUUGCCAUCCCUGUGUUAUGGAAAUGGAGGGAAUCUUGUGAUAUUUUGUUGCCUUUUAGUUUGAUUUUAUGACUUGACUGUGACUGCAGGUGGUUUUAGGCUGUUAUAUUCAGACUGAAAUCUGGAGUGCUCAGAAACUGUACUUGUUUUUUAAAAGCUUUCAAAGUAUUUUUAGUAUUUAGAUUUAUAGAUGGAGUUACUGACUGGUAAAUGGCUGGGUUCUCAUGAUGUCAACAUUAACAGUUUUACCAGUUAAUGUAAUAUGAAGCUUGGUUAUAGUUUUACACCUGCCAUGUUGGAAGUCUCUAAACCUGCUAAAAUAAAUGUAUACUUGUCUUGGGAAUCGGAAACCAAAUCCACUAUCAAUUAUCGGAGGACUUGUGGUGAACGAUUAUCAAUUAUAAUCGAAAUAUGUACAUUUUCAAUGUGAUCACCAAUUUUAAGGGUUUUUUGCAGGUUUUUUCUAAUUAAUGUUUUUUUAUAACUAAUACUGUCAUGCAGUGACAUACACACAUGCAAGAACAAAUAUUUAUGUCUCAUUACGUUCAUGAUAGAUGUAAAAUUUAUUCAUAGACAGGUUACAGUAAUAUUUACUGUAGUGAUGAAUAUGAAACUAUGAAUACAAUGCGAAUAGCUUUACGUUGUUGAGCGCAUGUUUGUUCGUGAAAAUUCGUCAAAUUUAAUGGUUAGUUACUUCAUUCAAGUGUCUUAUACUAAUACAAAAAAUUCCAAUUAUCGAAAAUAUGUGUUUUGCAAUCCAUAAUUAUUUUUAAUCCUUCUUUCGAUGGAUUUUUUAUUAUUUUUCAUCAUUGGAACACCACUAAUAUAUACAUUCGUAAAGCUGAUCUUGGUGACAUUAUUUGGUCAGUCUGGUUUCCUGUCUGUCAGUAACAGGUAUGAAAUAUCAUGCCAUGGGUGGAGGUGCUGGACCACUGCCAUGUCGUUACCUGGACAUGUUGAAUGUAGCUUGUAGUUUGUGUAGAGAUGUUCACGAACAUUUUUACACCGGAUGUAAUUGCCUUAUAUAGAUUUAGUUGGAAUACUUAUAUUCUCUAAUGUUUGUUUACUGAUGGAAAUGCAGAUAGUAUGUAUACAUGCUUCACUGCAGUGAAUGUCACCAAGAUAUCCUGUGAUCAUGUGAGGAUCUCCGUAGCUCGUGACCACUCAGCUCGGUAACAUCAAAGUUUAUGAUCUCAUCACAAAGCAGCUCCCACAGCACUGAGAUCCAAUAAAACUGAUGUGAGAGAUACUGUGGCAGUGAAGUCACACCACAAUGUUCAUGUCGACUGGUAUUACUGUUUUGUAUACAGCAACAUUAACCAUGACCCGGUGAUUUGUCUGAUAGUCUCAAGACCAUCUUGAAAUAUAGAUUUGGUUGAACUGACAUUCAAAACAUAUUAAUAUUCAGUUUGCUAACAAUGACCUGUUGUAUAACACUGUUAUGUUUUGCUUUGCUCCAAUGCUGUGAUGGGGGAACAGACAAAUGUUUUAAAUAUUUUGGGGGUAAACCGAGCAAGACAAGCAAAACAAAAUGCAAAAAUGAUGAUUCAGAGAAGCCAGAGAGUGAGUGUAACUGGGAUAGACUCUGCCCCAAAAAGUCAAAACAAAAACCUGUUAACAAUGCAAAGACAUUUGUUUGAGUGUGUGAACCUGGACUGAUGUUGGAAGGGAGGAUAGACAGAUAAUUUGGGUGUGCCUUUGUGAAAAUAAAUAAGCUUUUUAUGAUUCAAUUAGAACGUCACAACAAUUAUGUCAUUUCAGUGUGUUUAUUGGGUUAUAAUACAGAACAGGAUUUCCAGUCAUGUGCGCUGGCAUUCAAAAUGACUGCACCAAUGAUAAGCUGUGAGUAUGAGAGUGCCACCAAGGAAUAGUUUGAUGCUGUGCAAAAAUAUGUUCUGAAUAAUUUUAAUUAUUAAGAUUUUUUUACAUUUUCCUUGAAAUGAAUUAUGGUGAAUAUUGUUUGUGUGAUUGUAGGCAUGUUGUCUGGAAACAGUGAAAAUAUCUCUUCUGUGCCAUGGCACGCAAAUUAAGGACUUUCUGUCAUUGGUUGCCACCAGUUCCCGUGACAUCACCAACUCAGCUGGCUGUACUAUUGACAAUGGUGACUGUUUACAGACUGAAAAUAUGGAAUAAUUCGUGUGGAUGAUAAAUACAUUCACUUCAGUGUCUUCUAUAUUCAAAAGUAGCAAGACAUAUUGAUGAUAAUAAUGACUUUGUUUCUUACAGAGGAAGUAAAAACAUGUGACAAGUAAUUUUGUUUCCUUUUGACCUGGAUAUUGACCAUUCUGACUAGAUAUUCGAGUUUGAAGGAACCCUGUUUGGACAUGUUAGCAUGAAACAGCCCGAUUUAAUUAAUCAUCAGUAAGUGAGACAUGGAGUGACAUGUUCUCAUUGUCAUGUGGUCAUGAUGAUCAUCAUGCACUACUAUAGGACAAGUUUGUACUUGACCAAUCCUGGCAUACAGCACAUUGUCAUAUCGUGACUAUAUCUUGGUUGCCUACUGUAUACUGCUUGAUUGUACUUGACAGUUGUAAACAUUUUCAUCCAUCUUUAUGAAACGUGCUGCAAACAUUAACACAUCAUUAUAAACUAUGGAUUUUGACACUGAAAUCACAACAGUGUGAAAUCACUGAAGCUAGUUCCAGCAAAUUC